AUGGAGAGGGUGUUCCUGCGCAAAUCCUCGCGGGUGCUGGGUUUGCCGCCCGAAGCGACCGUCUGGAGUCGGGUGUACUCCCUGGUGAUAUUCCUGCUCGUUACGCUCUCGUGCCUCCACGUCCUCUACAAGUCAGGUCUUGAGCCUCUUUUGGACAGACGCUCGGACGUGACCCUUUCAAUAGCCUACAUUUUUGACUUCAUGGCUCGGACGGCGCGCGUGAUUAGUUACAUCAUUAUGCAUUUGCUCACCUACAAGCAUGCCGGCGAGUUUGAUAAAAUCUACCAAAUUCUGGUGAGCACAAAGUACAGGGUCACCGGUGACCUGUCGAAGAGGAACAACGAUGCGAUUUUAUUCACGGUGGUGCUGGCGAUGAUCAGGGUGAUGGUGGCCUUGGGCAGAGUUGUUUUUCGCUCGACCGGGCAGCCAGUCAGUCUGCUAAACACCUUCAUCACCAUGCCGUUCCACCUCAAGUUCAUUUUCAACUUUUACAUGGAGCUGCAACUGUUCACCUUGUGCUCCGAGCUGGACCAUUCGUUCGACUCGAUUAGCCACCGACUGAAGCAGCUCAGGAAAAAUUGCACCUCGAACUCGAUAACUGACUCCGGACUGGUUUUAGUGGACAAAUGGAGAUUGCCGAUGAUGCAACAACUAAGUCUGCACACCACCUAUCUCGCCUCGUACGCCAGCACGGUACGAAACCUUCGAAGAGCGCACUCCACCCUCUCAAGCCUUACCGCCAAGGUCAACGCACUUUUUGGCGUUCGGCUGCUGGUGGACGUCACGGCCCAAUUGACGGCGCUGCUGCUCCGAUUGAAAAUCAUCAUAAUUUGGAUUUUCAGCGUGCUGAGCCCAAACGCCGAGAGGGUCAAUGAAUUUGCCAACGCAAUCGAGCUCGAACGAGCGGCGUCGGCGCUUGUUCUGUGCCCUGUGCAUAUCGGCACCGUGUAUGCCGUCGUCUAUUUUUGCACACGGACCGUUAAAAAGAACGAUCUGAUUUUGGCAGAAGUUCAUAAAUUGCUAAACCACUCGUUGGAAGAAGACAAUCGACAGGAGCUGCAAAUAUUUGCCAUGCAGCUGUCACAAAGGAAAGUUCAAUUUACGGCUGCUGGAGUCAUGCCGUUAGAUUUCUCGCUCCUCUACUCGUUCAUGGGAGUCGUGACUACAUAUUUGGUGAUAUUAAUCCAAUUUGGGGCUUCGGUGCCUAGAUAUGCAAAUAAUGAUUCAAAAUUGUGCGUCGACUUGUUAAAAAAUUUCCUGAUAAAUGCGACAGCACCCACGUCUAAUUAA